AUCCCCUCCCUUUUGAUUCUAUAUAAACGCAAUUCGAUUCCAUGUAUUAACAUACGAUAGAAAGACGCAAUUAAGAAAGAGUGCGAUUUUAUUAAAUUUAGCAAAAAAAGACAAAUAUAUAAAUAUCUUGUUCAUCAUUUUUCAAAAGAUAUAAUCAUGACAGAUCAACGAUUAGAUUUUAUAAUAUUUGGAGCUACUGGAUUUACAGGAAAAUAUGCUGUAAAAAUAGCAGUACAAUUAGCUGUAGAAAAACAAAUGAAAUUUGGAGUGUCUGGACGCAGAAAACAAGCUUUAGAAGCAAUUGUUAAAGAAUUUGCUUCUAAUAUUGAUGAUGUGCCUAUAUUUAUUGCUGAUUUAAAGGAUGAAGAAUCAUUGAAAAAAAUGACAUCACAAGCAAAAGUUCUUAUUAAUUGUUGUGGCCCAUAUAGAUUUUAUGGAGAACCUAUUAUUAAAGCAUGUAUUGCCACACAUACUCAUCAAAUUGAUGUCAGUGGAGAACCCCAGUAUAUAGAAUAUAUUCAAUUAAAAUAUAAUAAAACUGCAGAAGAAGCUGGUAUCUAUAUUAUAAGUGCAUGUGGAUUAGAUAGUAUACCAUGUGAUCUUGGUGUAAUUUUUACACAACAAAAAUUUGAUGGUGAGGUCAAUUCUAUUGAAACCUAUUUAAAUUGUUGGUCCUCAAAAAUCAAUGGUGCUAUCAUAAAUUAUGGAACAUAUGAAUCAGCUGUUUAUGGUAUAGCACAUUCUCAUGAAUUACGCGAAUUGCGCACUAAACUUUAUCCUGAAAAAUUACCUGAAUUAUGGCCAAAGCUUAAAACAAGGGGUUUUAUUCAUAAAUCUUCUCUAUCAGAAGGAUGGUCUAUGAUAUUUCCAGGAGCUGAUCGUUCUGUAACUCUGCGUACCCAACGAUUUUUAUAUGAAAAAUAUAAACAACGACCAGCGCAAGUUCAAACUUAUUUCACACUUAAUUCUUUUUUUGCAGUACUAACAACAACUAUUUUUGGUAUCAUAUUUUUAAUGCUAUCUAAAUACGAAUUUGGUCGUAAUUUGUUAUUGAAGUAUCCUACAUUUUUCUCUGGAGGAUAUGUAGGCUAUGAAGUGGCUAAACCAGAAGAACUUGAUAAAAUUAAGUUCUCCAUUACAUUUAAGGCAGAAGGAUGGACUGAAAAAUUAGUUGAACCUACUGAUAAGCAUAAAGAUCCACCAAACAAGGUAUUAAUUACCAAAGUCAGUGGAACUAAUCCUGGAUAUGGUGCUACAUGCACUAUGUUAUUGCUUUCUGCUAUAACAAUUCUCAAAGAAUCAGAUAAAAUACCUGUAAAUGGAGGAGUUUUAUCACCUGGUGCUGCUUUUGGUAAAACAUCAUUAAUUGAAGAAUUAAUUAAAAAGGACAUAAAAUUCGAGGUUAUUUCUUCUAUUGAAAAAGCCCCAAUCAUGAACGGAAUUUCCAGUCAAUGUACUAAAAUUAAGGAUCUAAAUAUAUAUGAUGACGAAGACAAACACACAAUGAUGAUAAAAAAGCCGGGACCAUUGAGGACCGUUUCCUGGUCAGAGAAUGUCGAGGAAAGUAACUUGGAUGUGCCGGGAACUCCCAGAACUCCGCGAACUUCCACAACGCCAGGUCACGAAAAAUGCACGUUUCACCACGAUUUAGAGUUAGAUCAUAGGCCACCCACGCGCGAGGCGCUUCUUCCGGAAAUGUCACGCAGUUACAAGUUACUUUUGAGCUCGCUUGGCGAGGACCCGAAUCGACCAGGUCUUUUGAAAACUCCGGAACGUGCCGCGAAAGCUAUGCUGUUUUUCACGAAGGGUUACGAUCAAUGUAUCGAUGACAUUAUAAAUGAUGCGGUUUUCGAUGAAGAUCACGAUGAGAUGGUUGUGGUGAAGGACAUCGAGAUGUUCUCCAUGUGUGAACAUCAUCUAGUACCUUUCUAUGGCAAGGUGUCGAUCGGUUAUCUUCCUUGUAAGAAGAUCCUUGGUCUCAGUAAAUUAGCCAGGAUUGUAGAAAUCUUCAGCAGACGUCUUCAAGUGCAAGAACGUCUUACCAAACAAAUCGCAGUAGCGGUAACGAAAGCAGUGCAACCAGCAGGAGUGGCUGUAGUCGUCGAGGGAGUGCAUAUGUGUAUGGUUAUGAGAGGAGUGCAGAAAAUAAAUAGCAAGACAGUUACAUCAACGAUGCUUGGCGUAUUCCGGGAUGAUCCUAAGACUCGCGAGGAAUUCCUUAAUCUGGUUCACAAUAAGUAAAUUUCUUUCUUCGAAGUAUUUUUUAUUAUUGGCCAAGGGACCACUGUAUUUAAAAUGGCCCCCAAUACUUUUCUUCUUUUAACAUUUUUGUCAUACUGCUACCUCACUACAGAAGGCAUCGAAAAACAAAUUGAUUUGAUGGCGUGCUUUCUUGUAACAUUCCUUUUACUUUUCUAAGGAAUCUUUUGUACACAUAACACUUUAAAAUAAUAUUUUUUUAUUUUAAUUAUUUUUUCAUAUAGUUAGGAUAAUCAUACCGACAUAAUAAAGUUGAAUAAUGUUGUCUAAAACGUUUUUCAAGACACUUUUAAACUGCUGAUCGAAUGACACAAAGACAAUACGGUAAUUACACAGGGAAAUUUUUCAUAAGUUUUACAAAUUAGUAUUUCUAUGUAAAGAAAAACUUAUGAAUCAUUUCCCAUGAAAUAUACAUAUUUGAGAAAGUAUGUGAUAUUUUCGUUAGAUAUCCAACAUUGCUAAUAAUAUACAUAUAUUAAUAAUAUUAUUAUGCUGCUGGACCAGCUAUAAUUAUGUUUUUGAUUAUUGUUAUACUUUGCAAAUACUUUCAUAAUGUUAUUAAUAUAUACAGAAAAUGACUAAACAGCAUUUAAAGCGUCUUUGGUAAAGUAAUUGCGCCGUUUAUGAAAAUAAAAAGUUUCGAAACCGAGAUUUCUCGAUCGGUAUGAACUGAACGAUUGCCAGAACACUUUCAACUAAUGGCCUCGUAAUUCGUGACAAUACAUAUUUUAGAUUCUAUACUAUGCGAUUCUGACUGAAAAGUGUUCGCGUCGCGAUACAUCAUACCAAACGAGAAACACAGAUAAGCCUAUUAUAUUUUAGAAGUAAUUUCUCUUGACGAUUAAACGAUAAAUCUUUUGAUUUAGUUAUCGUUUCCAGCUUGUAAAACG